AUGGCCGGACUCGUGGAGAAGCUCGUGAAGCUCGUUGGACGCGCGUUCUACUCGGAUGAACAUAUUAUAGUACUCAGUGCGCUCAUUCGCGAAAAGUUUAUGAAGGACGACGAGAUGGGGAACGCUGUCAACUUGCAGACGCGUCAAGUGCGCAAGAUUAUGAACGAACUGCAUCAGGACCACCUUGUUUGCGAGGAAGUGCUGAACGACAAGCGAGUGGGCGGCAGCUCGUCGACGUCGUACUGGUAUAUUGACUACAAGCACUUUGUCGACGUGGUGCAGUAUCGACUGUACCUGAUGCAUGAACACUUGAAAGACAGUGAGCAGCUAGAGCUGGAACGACAGACUUUUCAGUGCAGUGACCCAGAGUGUGGACGGGAAUACACGGCGCUCGAAGCGCAGCUACUGCUCAUGCCAGGGCAGUUUCAAUUCCGCUGUGGUCAUUGUAACGAGCUGCUGCUUGAAUGUGACAACAACGAUCGACUCUUGCGGAUUCAGAACUUGCAGCGCAAGUUCAAGGACCAGAUGAACAAGCAGAAUGGCAUGCACGAAGGCAUUUACGAAGUCCUUCGUCGUAUCGGUGACUUUGUGAAAGAAGGCCAUGUGCUCCCAAAUAAUUUGCCGAGUGAUAAUCGAGCUGCUGGGUUAGGGGGCAACAACGCUCGUGCUGCUAAUGGCACUAAUGGAGGUGGCGGUGGUCGUAGUGGAACGAGCGGCGGAGGUGGUGGUAACCGUGCUGACGAUCCGAAAAGCCAGUCGUACUUGUAUCCGUACGGUGCACAGGACCAAGAGAUCGUCGUGGAUAUCGUUGGCAAUGACCAGGCAGAUGACGAGUAUCUCACAAGUAGGGAUCGGAAAGAGGACAAAGAGGCUGCGAAUCAGCAGGUUGCAGCGCCUCGGGCGUUGCCUGAGUUCUUGCUCGGUAGUUCGAUUAGUGGCCACAUGGUAGCUAAACACGUGCAGGCCGCUGCUGCGGUUGCAGAAGAGAAGACGGUCGCCGUGGAUAAUGGCAUCCAGGGCGUGGACAACCUUACUCAGAGCGAAAUGACGGAGGAACAGCGACAAGAAGCGUUCAAGCGUGCGUACAUGGCAGAGCUAGAACGCUACAACGAAGAGAACCACGAAGGAGAAGUGCAGGUCGAAGUUGACAAGCAGGGCUGGGAUGCCGAGAUGAAUAGCGAUGUGGAUGAAGAGGAGCUAGAAGAUGUCGAGUGGGAGUGGUGCUCCGACGACGAGGGCGGCAGCACCGAUGCCGAGGUCACUGUGAAUGGUCAGCUGAAGCGAUUAGAUGGCGUGGACGAUGAGGAUCUGCUCAGCAUGACGGAAGAAGAGUUUCUGAGCUGCUACCGGAUGUGCUUAGCUGAGAACGGCGUGUCGCAUUGA